CACCACCACCACCACCACCACCACCACCACCACCACCACCACCGCAGCGAUGAAGCCAUCACCAGCCGUCUCGCUGCUUCUCACGAACCUCCGCCUGCUCGACUACGACUUCGCCGCCUUCCCCAUCACCGCCGACGUCUUCACGUCCCUCACCAACAAAGGCAAGGCGUUCGAGCACAUAAUCUACCACCUAUUCAGCAUCUUCGAUCCAGAGGAGUGUGCACUGAAACUGCACACCUGCUGGCCAAUCUACGAGCCAGCGCAAUCGCGCGAGCUGCGGAACGUAGUGUUCAAAUGGCUCGACGACAUCAAGAAGAGCGGACGCCUGGGCGGCGUGCUGAUCCGCCGGACGACGCUUGACGACUGCUGCGGUCCGCGGUACGAAGAGCUGCUGCUCGCGCUGUCGACUAUGGUGCUGAGGGAUCGCAUUGAGGGCGGUGGGUGGAAGGGGUAUACGCCUAGUACUGCGUAUCACCAGGCGACCAGUAAUGCGCCGAAUCCUGCGUACCUCACACCGCUGACCAUUGCGCACCGGGUCGUGCUGGAGUCGAUACUCGAGGCCCGCCGGAGUGCGAAGGCGCAGUGGGAGUCGUUCGCGCGGCUGCUGGAGGAGAAGGAGGCCAUGCUCGCGGCCAUGGCGGGGAUGGUUCCCUCGGAGGAAGAGGAGGCGGCGGCGGCGGCGGCGGCGGAGAAACGGGCGAAACCCUCGCGACCACGGGGCUACGAAGAGAAUAUCCGGCGGAAGUGGGAAAACAAUUGGCUGGGUGACCCGCGGUGGCUGGAUAUAAUCUUGAAUGGAGACCCGGAGUCGACGCGUGACCGGUUCCUGGAACUGCCGUUUGAGCAGGCGUGGGAGAAUCGGCAGUAUUUUGAGGGCAGUACGAUGGCCGCUACGCCGGCGGUUAGUCUGAAGGGGCUCGAAAAUCAGGUUGCCGAGCAGAGACGGAGGGUUGCGGAGAUUCGGAAACUUAGAGAGCUCAGUUUGACUGGUGCUUCCUCUCCGGUCAAGUCGGGGGCGGCGAGUCCGAUUAAGAUGGCACCCGAGGAGCAGAAGGAGAAGAAGAAGGGCCUGGGGGUGGAGUUCAAUAGGCAUCAGGAUCUGCAUAUGAAGAAUAUGGUUGGACAGCAGAUCAGGGGCAGGGUCCAUCAGAGUGAAUAUGCGGAUCUGCUCAGUUCCUUGCGAGAGGAGAUGAUGUUGACCGGUGCCCCGACCCAGCGGGCACACGAAAAACCAGAGGUCCCAGUAUAUUAUUCGUAUGACGGACCGGAACAGGCAGAACAGUCGCAAUCGCAAUCGCCAGCUACACCAGCGGAAAUGGAUGACGGCCCUGAAGUCUACCAUCUGCGUAUCAAUCUGCAGGAAGGAGGUGGCAGCAGCGAUCCAGAAAGCUGCGACGGCGGAAUACAGGAUGACAUGCCAUCACCAGUCGACACCCAAGCUAAUCAGGAUGAUGAUGCAAUGGAUCUGGACGACGAGAUGGACGUCGAUCAAGAGGAGGGGUACGGCCAACAGCAAGAGAGCUCAUACUACCAGCCGAGCAAGAGCCCAUCGCUCAUGCCUGGAACCGGAGAGACCUCAGCCAUUGGUAGCGGAAUGGCAUCCUGCCUGAACAGCAGCGACGAGGAUGAGCCAGAGUUGAUGCCUCCACAAAUACCCGAGAUCCGCCGUCAGGAGAGCACUCCGACGCAGCCCAUUAACUCGCGAGCCCGCAACGAGCUGUCCUUCGGUAUGGACGACGAGCUUUUCGCAGAGCAGAUCGUCUCCUCCAUCGCCGCAGCAUCCUUUUCUCCGGAGAAGCCAUCGCCCAUGAAAGGUCGCGGCGUGGCCAUCACUCGCCAAAAGGGCGGUAUGAUGCCCUGGGAGCGUGCCGCCACGUCUUCACCCCCAGCGCCUCUCGGCCCCAACUUCGAAGACGACUUUGGCGACGACACCACCAUGACGCUACCACCGGACGAGGAUGAGCCCGAGGUCCAGGAAUCCCCAACUCGGACUCGGAACAACAACUUGAUCGCCGCUCCCGGACAACCACCCGUCGUGUCCGCCACGCCAACAGAGGACCUCAUCGCCGGCGGCGACUACAACUCCGUCUUCAAGUCGCGGCCCAAGAUCGCGUUGAGUCCCACGUUCACGCCCAGCCCUCCACGCAACGGAGGCCCGGUCAAGGGGCUCAAUAUCAGCAUGACCGGAGGGGAUGACGAUAGCGACGACGAGGAUGAAGAUGAGGUUAUGGAAUACAUUUCGAGCCCGUUGACGAGUAAGAUCAGGAGGUAA